UCAUCUUUAUCCCUUUCUCUAUUGGGCUGCUAGUUUCACAAUGGAUACUACAGAAAUAUCCAAAGCCGAAAUGGUUUCAAAAUCCCAUGAUGUGGAGUCCUCUUGGGAUGAUGAUUUCAAAAAACUGGUGCAAACCUUACCCAAAGAAAAAUGCUGGCUAGGAUCCGAUCUUUAUUUCUAUCAAGGUUUUUGGUACCCCACUCGUAUUCUAAAAGCUUUUAUUUCUUUCCAGAAUCAUUUUCAAGCAUUUAAUUCUGAUAUCAUCGUUGCCACUUUCCCUAAAUGUGGUACUACUUGGCUCAAGGCCUUGACUUUCUCCACUUUGUACCGCAAUCAGUUCCCAUGGGAUGAAAAUCCAUUGCUCACCUUUGGCCCUCACCAACUUGUUCGUUUCUUCGAGCAUGAUCUUUACUUGAACAACCCUUUUCCUGAUCUUCAAAAUGUUUGUGUUUAUCAGCCAAGGCUUUUCUCCACCCACGUCUCUUAUACUUCGUUGCCAACUUCCAUUAAGGAUUCCGGCUGUAAGAUUGUUUACAUAUGUAGAAACCCCAUGGAUAUGCUCAUUUCUUUUUGGCAGUUCAUGACCAAGGUCCAAGACGGAGAGUCACUAUCACUAGAUGAAGCAUUUGACAAGUUCUACCAUGGAAUCAUUGUGCACGGACCAUGUUUUGAUCAUGUAUUGGGAUAUUGGAAGGCAAGCCAAGAAAACCCCAACAAAAUAUUGUUUUUAAAAUAUGAAGAUCUUAAGGAAGAUACCGGUUCCCAUUUGAAAAACUUAGCCAUGUUCUUAGGUGUUCCUUUCACAGAUGAUGAAGAGAAACAAGGAGUUAUUGAAAAAAUAGCGAAAAUUUGUAGCUUUGAGAACUUGAAAGAAUUGGAAGUGAACAAGAAGGGCGCACAUAUUUCUAGAGUUCCACACACAGGUUUUUUAGGAAAGGGGAAGUGGGAGAUUGGAGCAAUUAUCUCACACCCUUCAUGAUUGAAUGUUUGGAGAAGCUUAUUCAAGAGAAAUUGAAUGGCUCGGGUUUAACAUUUAAACUAUCCUCCAAAACUUCAAACAACAUUGCUUCUGCAUGA